AUGAUGAAUGCUAAAUUUUGGUGUUGUUUAUUGGUAUGCCUAUCUAUUGUUUAUGCUGAGAAGAAGGUAAUUUCUCCAAAUAAGGUAUCUCAAGUUGUUUCAGAAUCCUAUUAUAUUGGUGAUUCUCAAAUUUGUAACCAGGUUACUUGUUAUCCAAAGGUGUUUGAGCCUUCAAAUGAAUGGAAAGAGGUCAAACCUCACCAAAUUGUUCCUGCAGGUUUGCAUGUACGUGUCGAUAUGAGUAGUGGUUUGAAAGAAGCAAAGAUAGAUGCUGAGUAUGGUAAAAAAAUUGCUACAACUGAAACUAUCGGUGCUAGUAAUGCUGAACUAGCAACCGUUUCUGAAACUGAAGUUUCAGCUGAUUCUAAAACUGACUCUCUUGUUGAAUCCAUAACUGGAUCAGCAACUGGAUCAGAAUCCACUGUUGAAUCUGCAACUGAAUCUGCAACUGAAUCUGCAACUGAAUCUGCAACUGAAUCUGCAACUGAAUCUGUAACUGAAUCUACAACUGAAUCAGCAACUGUAUCUGAAUCUACUGUUGAUUCUACAACUGAAUCCACAACUAAUUCCGAACCAGUACCUGAAUCAACUGCCAACUCUGAGUCUGAAUCUUCCAUUGACUCUGAAUCAAUCGUCGAAUCGGCAACUGAGUCCAUAACCACCGAAACAACAGUUACAAAGACUAAAAGCAAAACCAAGACUAAAUCUGCAUCUGCAUCUGCAUCCACUUCUGCAUCUUCUUCAUCCAUUUCUGCAUCCUCUUCAGCAUCCACAUCCACAUCCACAUCCACAUCCACAUCCACAUCCACACCAACUUCAACCUCGACAUUGACCAAGCCUGAAGAAACUAAAGAUGAUAAACUAAUACCUCGUUCAAACCCUGCUCCAAAAGCCAAUCAUGAAUUCUCUGCAGACUUCAAAAUAAUUCAAAACGUUCUACAAAAAUCUACUAUAUCUGAUCAAGAUAUUGAGACCAUUGAAUGGAAAUUUGAUGAUUUAAUGGAGUUUGCUCAUGACUAUAAGCAUGGUUUAAAGAUUAUUAAAAAUGAAUUUGACUUAUUAUCUUCCAUUUCAUUCAACGAGACAUUGCCAAAUUCUGUAAGGGAAUUAAGCACCAGAGUAAUUACAAGUUGUAUUAGAAACAACCCACCUGUUAUCAAACAUAUUAUAGAGACUUAUCCUUCAUAUAUUGAUGAACUAUUUGGGGCAUUGAAAACUAUGGAAAGUCAAAAAACAGUAGCUGCUAAAACAUUAAUCAAGAGAUAUUUGUCAAUCUUGGAUGUAUUAUUAGAUGAAUCUGAUUUCAAACUAACCCACGCCGAAUUAUUGACAUUGACUAAUAUUUACAACAGUUUGAAAGACAAACAAAUUAGACUAAAGAUCUUGGAAAUAAUAACGAGAUUUUUCAACCAAGAUCCAGCAGCCACUUCAAAUAACAACAGUGAAAAACUGUCUACCAAUAUUGUACAAAACUGGGUCGACGAAAUCGCCCAAGCCAUCCAAGACAGCACAAUUGAUGAAUUCCACGUUCGUAAAUUCUUCACUACACUGGUUAAUAUCAAAUACAAUUAUAAGAAAGAUAUCAAAACAGAUAAUAAUUUUUUGAAUUGGCUUGCAGUUCAAUCAGCCAACAGAAAGUCUGAAUUAAACAACGGUUUGAAGCAAAGAGAUUUGGAACAAGACACAUUUGACCAAAUGCUGGUUGACAGCAGACACCUGAUAUUCGGGAACCCUAUGGCACAUAACAUGAAACAUUUAGAUGACGAAUUAUAG